UCUUGUUCUUCUUGUACGAUCGCUCAACGUGUCAACACGUGUCACGCUGUCCUCGCAGAUCAGUACAAGUGUUCGGUGUUUCAGUCCACGCGGCGCUGAACUUUCAGCCCGCGCAUUUCGCAGCUGUUUAGUCUACGCGUGUUAAUUCGGUGUUAAAAUUAGUUAAGUAGCACAUAAGUGUAAAUAGUUGUACAGUUUCAGAACACGCGUGACUUUGUAAAUACUAUAUUUUCUUCUUUGUAAAUAAACAUUUGUGAUCGUUACGCGGGCGUGUUAUUUCUGACCACGCUGACCACGCAAAAUACGCAACAAAGUGAAACGCGGAAUCUGAACACGUGUUCGUCGAGGUUAAGUGCGCAGUACGAAGAGACUAACCGAGAAUGAUGACAACGAGUGUCGCCCGAAUAGAAACGCUAACGCGUGAUAAUUAUGACACGUGGAAAAUGCAGAUGCGAGCAUUGUUAAUAAAAAACGACGCGUGGACAUAUGUUAGUGGUGAAAGUGAAAUGCCUGAACGGAAGAAAAACAACGAAGCAUCGGAGGCAGCGUACAAGGCCUGGAAAAGAAACGAUGAAAAAGCUAAAUCGGACAUUAUAUUAUCAAUAAGUGCUUCAGAACUAAAGCAAGUGAAAUCGUGUGAGACGUCGCACGAAAUGUGGAGGAGACUGGGAGAAAUAUAUCAAUCCAGAGGACCUGCCAAGAAGGCAACUUUGCUGAAAAGACUAUUACUUCAUAAAAUGAAGGAAGAAGAAGACAUCCAUACGCAUUUAGUCUAAUAACAGCACCAUCAAUAAUAAGAGAAGCUAAAUAAAAGUACAGAGAGGCGGAGAGGCGAGUAAGGUGGAACAGGAGAAUAAGGCGGAGGAAAGGGGUUAUGGUGAGGCGCCUCCAUUAACCCACUAUGACGAAGAUGAAGCAUUGAGAAGAAGAGAAAAUGAAAAAGGUAAUGAAUCUAAUAAAAGAAUAGUAAAACAUGAUAUGAUCAAAUUGUAGGAAAGUAGCCCUGGGAAAAUAA